AUGGGGGUGUGGGGCGAGCUGAAGAUUGGCAGCUGCGCAAUAGGGGUGCGCGGUAGGUCUGUGAAAGGGAGGCAGGGUUUUGGUUUGAGUGGAGUUUGUGAAAGUGGAGGGAAGAUUCCCGCGUGGCUGCUGAUCGCGAGAGCUCGGGCUCGGGCUCUGAGCAUUUGCCAGACCUGGUUGAAAGUCUCCAGACUCGCGGGAGAAGGGUACAUCAUGGCACCAGCUUUCGGGACGGGGUCGACGGGAGCCGGACCGAGGAGUUCUCUUCAAGAUGAACUUAAAGCAAUUUUACAAAAACGCAUCAUGGUGCUGGAUGGAGCAAUGGGCACUAUGAUUCAACAACAUAAACUUGAUGAACAUGAUUAUCGUGGUGAGGAGUUCAAAGACCAUCCUAAACCUUUAAAGGGGAACAAUGACCUUCUCAGCAUAACACAACCUGACCUUAUCUGCAAAAUUCACAAGGACUACUUGCUGGCGGGAGCAGAUAUUGUGGAGACAAACACUUUCAGCAGCACAAGAGUCGCGCAGGCGGAUUAUGAGUUGGAACAUUUGGCUUACCGACUGAAUAAAGUCUCAGCAGAACUGGCCAGAAAAGCAGCUGAUGAAGUGGGAAUGCAAACAGGUACCCGAAGAUUUGUGGCAGGUGCAAUAGGACCAACGAACAAAACGUUGUCAAUAUCCCCAUCUGUGGAGAGGCCUGAUUACAGAAAUAUAACAUUCGAGGAGUUAGUUGAAGCUUAUGAAGAACAGGCCAGAGGCCUGCUUGAUGGUGGUAUUGAUAUCCUCCUGCUGGAGACCAUAUUUGAUACAGCAAAUGCAAAGGCUGCUUUAUUUGCUAUUCAGCAAUUGUUUGCGGAAGAAUAUGAAUCGAGACCUCUCUUUAUUUCUGGAACAAUUGUAGAUAAGAGUGGACGCACACUUUCUGGUCAGACAGGAGAAGCAUUUGUCAUCAGUGUAUCCCAUGCAGAGCCACUGAGCAUUGGAUUAAAUUGUGCUUUGGGAGCUGUGGAAAUGAGGCCAUUCAUAGAAGCUAUUGGAAAAUGCACAACUGCUUAUGUUUUAUGCUAUCCUAAUGCAGGAUUUCCAAAUACAUUUGGAGGCUAUGAUGAAACCCCUGAUGUCACUGCAAAAUACCUCAAGUCAUUCACCGGAUGA